CGCCGAACAUAGCGUCUCCAGGAGCGUCGUCAGCCCAGGUGCUAUCAUAGAUUCUGCGAUCCAGCGCGCUCCAAGAUCCGAGCUGAAAACCAGCUCACGAUCACCACCGACCGCAAUGGCAAGCGACAACCGAUGCAGGAAAAAGCUCACGAAGGAGUUGCUCGGCAGAGAUGGAGAUUUCCAAGCCUACAUCAAAGUAUACCAAGACCCUCUUCGAGCUCGGCACCGUGGGAUAUGUUAUCCUGAUAGAAAGCCCAUCUCAGCAAACACAAUUAAGUCACGACACCGUCUUGGCAGCAGCAAAGAUUCUGAGAGAUAACAGCAAGUUAACGCUAGAAGUCAUACAAGAGGUUGUUCAGCGGGACCUGAUCCCAGGAUGCUCGCCGCGGGAGUUGGACUUCCUUAUGAGGAUUGCAGUCCAAGCAAUGUUCAUGAUCGACCCGAACGUCAAGGACGCUCACGGUCGGGACUUCACCAUCAGAACAUAUCGACACGUCUCACAGCUUGCCCAAGGAGGCCAUUGUAGACUUCGCGAUAAGAUGUUUCCCUCAGGUCUUAGCCGAGAGAGCGAGCCGAGUUGCCUUGGUUCUUGAAGACAAGAAGUACCUCAAGGCAUGGAAACUCCGAGAGCGACUGGGUAUCGAGUUCAGGGGCACCAACAAUCCAGCCGACU